CGAGGUGGAACUGCAUUUCGUUGUGGGUUGUGCCGAGGCAAGGACCGGUCAUCAUAAAUGCAUCUCAGGUUGCCGGUUAGAAAUCUGUGGUUGGGGUCAGCAUUAUAAGGCCCAGACAUUAAAGGACUUCGUACGGACUGUGUACAAUAGGUGGCAUGACCCUCAGGCAAGGGGCUCAAAAGGCCACUGACGCAAUCAACAGUCUCGGUUCCAAAUGGUACCGGACUGUGCGGGAGGUCACAGACGUCGUAGAACGUCUAAUCGUAGUGCCUGGUGUACGCUAUGACCCACAAGUACUCACAUAUUAUCUGAGAUGUCUGCCUACAGAUGUCAAGAAUAAGCUGGUGGAUAAGGCCAACGUCGACGUCCAUAACUUCGCUUCUUUCAACAAGAACGCCUUAGAGAUAGAGGCUAAGCUUGGGUCCGCUCAUCAGGGUCAGGUAGAUAGUAGGAGGGAGAAACUUCCCCAAGAUUGGAGGAAGAAGGGCAAUCUCAUGUUCGUCGACCAUGAUGGCCAGGCGACGGAGAUUGACGACUUCCCUGAACAUGGGGAAGACACAGAGCAGGAUGGGUCUUGUGAGACUUCGGACGUGGGAGUCGUAGCACCCAUCAAGGAAAAGCCUAGGGGGGCCGAGAAGCAGAAGGUAGCCCGGUCCAAGGGUCAGGGCGACCAAGGAAUGCCCGCAUGGGUAAAACUUGGUUUAGAUUACGAGGACAUGCCAAGGCAAGAAGGUCACCACGAAGGUAGCCUCUCCAAUAGUGGUGGGCUUAUCUUUGAGCCGUGGUGGUGCUUCUGCGAGCACUUCACAAGGAAACACCUCGGGCCAGUAGGAGUGUUAGUUGCUCUUACUCGUGCUGAAGUGGUAACGUUGCCUUCACCACUUCAGGCGUCGGCCAAGGCUAGUGACCCAUCCAUCACCCUGCAGAUACACCCAUCGAUGCUCUAUUCAAGAGAUGUGUCUGAGUCCCUAGAAGAGUUUCAGUCUGAGUGGUCAAGGAAGAACCCCAAAGACUCUUGGGUGAUGAUCAGCAAAGGUCCUGGGGGUGAGCAUUUCGUGGUAGAGGUUGAUGUAGGCGGUCACAAAGUGGGCGCCUUCGCAAACAUAGGCUCUACACGGAAUUUCAUCAAUCGUGCUUAUGUGGACAAACUGCGCUUAGGGGACCAAGUGCAGCGGCUUAGCAGAUCUGAAGCCUCUACGCUAGCCAACACGCACAACAUGGUGGUCCGAGACUAUGUCAAGGACGUAGUCUGCACCUUCUCAUAUGGAGGAGGGGAACUGAGACACAAGAUCCCGUUCCUAGUCAGCGACAAACUGCCAUUCGAUAUGCUGUUAGGCAUGUACUACCUUGAGGUUGCUCAACGUCAAUUUGAUUGGGAUAGAAAGGUGAUGAUUCACAAGCUGCCAAAUGGUAGGACCGUUAGGCUGCAAAAGUUUAAAUCUAGCAGUCUAGUGGAAAACUACGGCUGCGUGUGUGCAUCCUCUUUCUAUAACUACUAUAAGCAAAAUCGAGAGGAGGGCAUGUACCUAUUCUUUGUCUCUGAGAAAGGGGAGGCCGUAAAAUCACCCCCAGAAAUAGAAGCAGUUGUUGCUCAGUAUUUAGACCUUUUUUAGGAGCCCAGUGGUGUGGUGGAAAGGGAGGUUGUCCAUGCGAUAGAAGUCGUCCCUGGUAGCAAAGUACCUAGAGGACGGAUCUAUAAGAUGUCUCCUGCGGAGUUGGACGAGUUUCGCCUCCGGCUCAAAGAGCUC